AAAUUAUGCACGAUGUGAUCCGGAAGGUGAAGAAGAAGGGGGAAUGGAAGGUGCUGGUGGUGGACCAGCUCAGUAUGCGUAUGCUGUCAUCCUGCUGCAAAAUGACCGACAUCAUGACGGAGGGCAUCACCAUUGUGGAGGACAUCAACAAGCGCCGGGAGCCACUGCCCAGCUUGGAGGCUGUCUAUCUCAUCACACCCUCCGAGAAGUCUGUCCACUCCCUCAUCAGUGACUUCAAGGACCCCCCCACCUCUAAGUACAGAGCAGCCCAUGUCUUCUUCACUGACUCCUGCCCUGAUGCCCUGUUCAAUGAGCUGGUGAAGUCCCGUGCUGCCAAGGUCAUCAAGACCCUGACCGAGAUCAACAUCGCCUUCCUGCCCUCCGAGUCCCAGGUUUACUCCCUGGAUUCAGCAGACUCCUUCCAAAGCUUCUACAGCCCACACAAGGCACAGAUGAAGAACCCGAUCCUGGAGAGGCUGGCAGAGCAGAUUGCCACUCUGUGUGCCACGCUGAAGGAAUACCCGGCCGUGCGGUACCGCGGGGACUACAAGGACAACGCCAUGCUGGCACAGCUCAUCCAAGACAAGCUGGAUGCUUACAAGGCUGAUGACCCCACUAUGGGUGAGGGUCCGGACAAGGCUCGCUCCCAGCUCCUCAUCCUGGAUCGUGGCUUCGACCCCGCUUCCCCAGUGCUGCACGAGCUGACCUUUCAGGCCAUGAGCUAUGACCUGCUGCCCAUCGAGAAUGAUGUCUACAAGUAUGAGACAAGUGGCAUCGGGGAGGCGCGGGUGAAGGAGGUGCUUCUGGAUGAGGAUGAUGACCUGUGGGUCUCCCUGCGCCACAAACACAUUGCUGAGGUGUCCCAGGAGGUGACCCGGUCCCUGAAGGAGUUUUCAUCAAGCAAGAGGAUGAACACGGGCGAUAAGACCACCAUGAGGGACCUGUCCCAGAUGCUGAAGAAGAUGCCACAGUACCAGAAGGAGCUCAGCAAGUAUUCCACUCACCUGCACCUGGCUGAGGACUGCAUGAAGCACUACCAGGGCACAGUGGACAAGCUGUGCCGAGUGGAACAGGACUUGGCCAUGGGCACCGAUGCUGAAGGUGAGAAGAUCAAAGACCCCAUGAGGGCCAUUGUCCCCAUCCUGCUGGAUGGGAAUGUCAGCACCUAUGACAAGAUCCGUAUCAUCCUGCUGUACAUCUUCCUGAAGAACGGUAUCACCGAGGAGAACCUGAACAAGCUGAUCCAACACGCCCAGAUCCCGGCUGAGGACAGCGAGAUCAUCACCAACAUGGCCCACCUUGGGGUGCCCAUUAUCACAGACUCCACCCUGCGGCGCCGGAGCAAGCCAGAACGGAAGGAACGGAUCAGUGAGCAGACUUACCAGCUGUCCCGGUGGACCCCCGUCAUUAAGGACAUCAUGGAGGAUGCCAUCGAGGACAAGCUGGACACCAAGCACUACCCGUACAUCUCUACCCGCUCCUCUGCCUCCUUCAGCACCACAGCUGUCAGUGCCCGCUAUGGCCACUGGCACAAGAACAAGGCCCCCGGCGAGUACCGCAGCGGCCCCCGCCUCAUCAUCUUCAUCCUGGGGGGGGUGAGCAUGAACGAGAUGCGCUGCGCCUACGAGGUGACGCAAGCCAGCGGCAAGUGGGAGGUGCUAAUAGGUUCUACUCACAUUCUCACUCCCACCAAAUUUCUCAUGGACCUGAGGCACCCCGACUUCAGGGACUCCACUAGGGUCUCAUUUGAGGAUCAGGCUCCAGCAAUGGAGUGAGCCCAAGCAACCAAGGUCCACGCACAUCCUCACCCCACAGAAGCUGCUGGACACGCUGAAGAAGCUCAAUAAAACAGAGGAGGAGAGCAGCAGUUAAAAGAAAACGCCGCCAGACCCCCCCCCCAACCCCGAUGCCGACUGUACCCCCAAUGGGCACCGGCCUGGGGCACACCUCUGUCCCAUCCCUGUCCCCAUCCCGGCCCGGCCGAGCUUUCUCUUGUUGUGUUGAGCCCCCCCCCUCCCUUCCUGACCCUCCAAAUCUCAUUUAACCGCAGGGAAGAGACAACGAAUGCAAAAUUAUUAAGGGAAAACCCGAUGCAUCCCAUUUUAAAAAGGAAAAGAUAAAAAAAAAAUCAUCAUCAUCAUCAUCUCUGUGCCCAUCUGAGGAUCUCAUUUCCCAGCAGUGAAGGUGGCAAAAAGAUCAGAUUCCCUUCCCUUA